AUGAAAGAGUCUGGGUACAAACAAAGCCAAGGUGACUACACUCUCUUCGUUAAGCACUUGGCUGCAAGGGGAGUAAUUGCUCUUCUAGUCUAUGUUGACGACAUCAUAGUGACUGGAAGUGAUGAGAGAGAAAAUCAUGAAGUGAAGCAGAGAUUAGCAACAGAGUUUGAGAUAAAGGAACUAGGGAAACUGAAGUACUUCCUCGGUAUUGAGGUGGCAUAUUCCUCACAAAGGAUCUUCAUCUCUCAACAAAAGUAUGUGACUGAUUUAUUGGCAGAAACAGGGAAGAUUGGGUGUAAACCAGUCUCUACCCCAAUGGAUCCAAAAUACAAGUUGGGAGAAGCUAAAGAAGAACCAGUGGUGGAUAAAAGAAUGUACCAAAGGCUGGUUGGUAGACUCAUAUACCUUGCUCACACUUGGCUAGACAUCGCCUACUCAAUGAGCGUGAUCAGUCAAUUCAUGCAUGAUCCAAGAGAACCUCAUCUUCAAGCUGCUUACAGGGUGCUACAUUACUUGAAAGGCAACCCCGGGAAAGGAAUUUUGUUCAAGAAGAACAAUACUCUUGCUCUAGAAGCAUACACCGACGCUGACUAUGCAGGUUCCCUAGUGGAUCGAAGAUCAACUACAGGGUAUUGUACUUUUCUUGGAGGUAAUCUGGAGUCUGCUACUCAGCACAAUCUGGGUCUUGUUAAUAUCCCUCAUCAUUCUAGUCCUUGGAAGUGUUGUGAAUAUGUGUGCUGUUCUGCAAGUGGGAAUUUCUGCUUCUUUGUCAUGGGAAUUAUGUCAGACAUACUCUUUUCAAUGAUCUCCACCACCUGGGUUUGA